CGGUGACCGGUGUAUUAUAUUUUCUCUCUUUGCGUUUUUAUUUCUCUGUUUUAUUAUAAAGUCGUAAACAUUAAUGAUAUAAUUUAUUAUCGUAGAUAAAGUAAUUUAUCUGAUAAUUAUUAACACAUUCAGCGUGAGAAUACUAAACAAUGUGCACGUUUAACUUUUAGUUCUUAAGUACUUACUUGAAAAUAUUCCAUUUUUGUACCAACAGUUUUUUGUGAUCACUGAUCAUGAACUCAUCUUUGUUAAUUUUUAUUCUGAACAUCCUCUAUGUCAGCGGCUGGAGAGACUUGAAGGUCCGAAGGUUCAGUGAUGACUUCCUCUUUGGAGCAGCCACUGCCGCUUACCAGGUUGAAGGUGGUUGGGAUGCUGAUGGCAAAGGCGAGAGCAUCUGGGACAGAUACCUCCAUGAACACCCAGAGGUGAUCGCUGACGGUGUUGACGGGGACGUGGCCAGCGACUCCUACCAUAACUAUAAAAGAGAUGUAGAGAUGUUGAGGGAACUCGGAGUUGACUUCUACCGGUUCUCUAUAUCUUGGCCGAGGAUUUUACCUACUGGAUUACCCAACCAAACAAACGAGAAGGGAGUUGAAUACUACAACAACCUUAUCAACGAACUUCUAAAAUACAACAUACAACCAGUCAUCACAUUAUACCAUUUUGACUUACCGCAAAAACUACAGGACCUAGGCGGUUGGACGAACGAACUAUCCGUUCAAUGGUUUGAGGAUUACUCUAGGGUAGUCUAUGAGAAAUAUGCGGAUAGAGUUAAGUAUUGGAUAACUAUUAACCAACCGAGUACAGUCUGCGUUGAUAGUUAUGGUAGUGGUGUCUUCGCUCCGGGCAUCAAGUCUUCUGGGUUUGGUGAUUAUUUGUGUCACAAGAAUGUGAUGCUGGCUCACGCUAAAGCAUAUAGGCUGUAUGAGAAGGAAUAUAAGCCGAAAUAUCAAGGAUCUGUUGGCAUAGCUCUCUCCUUGAACUGGGCCGAUCAGUUGACUAACGACACACAGAAUGUUGAAGCUACUGACUUGUAUAGAGAAUUCACGCUGGACCUAUAUCUCCACCCGAUAUUAGCUAAGUCUGGGAACCACCCCGCAGCAGUCCGAAAGCUGGUGGCUAGGAGAAGUCAGGAGCAGGGGUACAAGAAGUCCAGGUUGCCGGAGUUGAGCGCUGCUGAGGUGGAGUUGUUGAAAGGCUCUGCUGACUUCAUAGGCGUAAACCAUUACACGACGGUUCUAGUCAGUAAAUCUAACAAACAGCAUCCUAAACCAUCGCUGUUGGAUGAUAUGGGAGUAGAUUUAUCAUACAGAACUGAAUGGAGGAAGUCACAUUCGGAAUGGCUGAGGAGUGCACCUUACGGCCUAUACAAAGUGCUAAUGUAUGUCAAUGAAAAAUAUGAUUAUCCCAAAUUCCUCAUCACGGAGAACGGUUGGUCUACUUCUACUGGGCUCGGAGACCAGUCGAGGGCUGAUAAUAUAAGGGAAUACCUCCUAGCACUUCAGCUGGCUAUAGAAGACGGUAGCGAUGUGAUGGGAUACACCGCUUGGAGUCUGAUGGAUAAUAUAGAAUGGAUAGCUGGUACUAGUGAACGCUUUGGGCUAUACGAAGUUGAUUUUGAUUCUGAAGAAAAGACAAGAAAACCCAGGUUGUCAGCGUUUGUGUACAAACGGAUUAUACAGAAACGAAUUCUAGAACCUGACUGGUUGCCUGAAAAUCUAGAGAUUUCGAUAACACAAAAAGUAACAAGAGAAGAGUUAUAAAAGUGAGAAAAACAUUAUAUUUUACAGAAAUAGAGUUCAAAAUAAUGAAAA